AUGGCUCCUCCCUCGUUCCAGCAGCCAACACCCCACACCAACGAAAAUGAUAUGCAACUUCCCCGUUUCGAUGGUGGUGCUUGGAAGCAAACCCACCAGGGCUGCUGGGAACGCCCAUGCUCCGGAGGCGAAACAGGUGUCUCCUACAACCAAAAUGUCCGCGAUGGGCACACUGAAUUGACCAUCGAGGUCCCCUUCAAUGUGGACUUCUCGACCCCAGAACUAAUCACCCGCCUUCGCAACGCAUGGCUCGUCUCCCACUCCAAGUGGCCAGACAUCGCUGUCCAGCUGUCGACUGGCACUGAACUUCCCCAGAUGAUGAAGUAUGAGACUCUUCGCUCGAAUGCUGAUGCCGAAGCAUGGCUGCAAGAGACUUUCCAUGUUGUCACUGAUAAGCCUGCUCGCGAAAUCGUCAACAUGACGUACAAUCGCCGUCUGCCCACCAAGGGAAAGCGAAACAUGUUGUACCUUGUCACUGGGCCAAAUGCCGAUCCCGAGAACCCCACCCGUCACAGUCUAGUCUGGAACUUCAGCCACGCCAUCGCUGAUGUUUACAGCAUUGUGCAAUUCCUUAACCAUAUCUUCAAGACUGUCACUCAGGUCGCUGGCGACCAUGACAUGUCCCUCAGCCAAAUCGACUACUCCGGUGUCCUUGGUCGUCUGCCUGUCAGCCCCGUGACUCCCUACCAAGAACAAUACAAGCCCAACAAGAAGCAAAUUCAACAAGCUAUCGACGAUGCAGCUCGCCAAGGCGAUCUCUACGCUGCCAAGAUAUCCCGCUCCGUCGCCAUGUAUCCGGAGGAAGACACCGCGACCCGCGAACACAAAACUCACUGCAUUCGCCUCCAAUACACGCUCGAAGAAUCCAAGGCCCUUCUCGCCCAACUGCGCGAAGAAAAACUCAGCAUCACCUUCGCCGCCGCCGCAGCCACAGUCCUCGCCGUGAAACAAACCUACGCAAAGGGCCACGAGAACGGCGCCCUCCUCGGCAUGACACGCAAUGCCCGCCGCUGGAUCGACACAAGCGGCCAGCGCGAAAACGGCGGCUCCGUCCCUGCAGCCGCAGACUGCGUCUUCCUCUGGAUCCCCUUCGAGCAGGCGUGGUUUGCCGGCUCGACUCGGGACGCCGUCCUCUCCAUCGCCCGCGCCAUCCGAAAGGAACUGGGCCCGCACCUCGUUUCGCCGCACUACCUCGCCAGUUUAAACUUCACGUCCGCCCGGGCUGUGGAGGGUCUCGCGGCUUCUGACGAGCCUAUUGCUGCGCCUUGUGCGCCUGGUUUCUCGUCGCAGGGUGCGCUAGGUCUGCAGCGCGAGUUUGGCUCCCCCAAUGCGAAGAUUCACAUUCGUGACUUCAUUCAUACUGGUAGGCAGAUUAACGAUUCUGCUUGGGUCGGUAUGUUCUCCCUGUGGGACCGCAUCACGCUGUCUAUGGGCUUUGAUGGGAAGUAUUAUGACCCCUCUGGUAUGAAUGCGUUUAUGGAGCUGGCUAAGACAAACCUUGCCUCACUUAUCCCGAGACGCUUUAUGCGGGGCAUUCCUUCUCGGCUGUAA